AUGUCUCUCAGGUUACUGCCUGCUAUCAUUAUGGACAAUGACGAAGAUGAUGAUGGUAACUUCACAAAGUGGAUGAGUAGCUACUGGGGUCAUGGAGCAGAAAGUGGACACAACAGAGAGAGAAAACGCAGCUUCAGGAGGCCUGCAAAAGCACAAGCUGAUCGAAGAGCAUCCCUCCCGACUGUGUCACAGUUGGAUGCCAUGAAGCUAAACAAGUUCCAUGCAGCCACCAUGGCUCCCACUCCCAGCCACAUCAAACCCAGGGAGGAGAAGGCAGAGGUCAGGCCUCACCCGAGAGCUCGACGGGUCUCCUCAGACGACAACAGCCGCUCCAAGACGUGCAUCCCAGAGAACCGCAUCACCACUAUCCCAGAGCUCACUGAGUCACUGGAGAAGAGGCUUUCCCUUGCUGAUAAAAGGACCAUGUCUCUGAAUGAUAAUGACAAGUUGUGCCUGAUCUGUCAUGAAGAACUGCGUAAAAAUGGAACAGGAGUCCAAGAGUUUAACUGUACACACCGCUUCCACAAAGAGUGCAUGGAGCAGUGGCUAUGGAAGAAACAGACGUGUCCCACAUGCCGUGUCCACGUGUCCAUGUCAAAGCCCCUCUACUGGUCUUCGUCCCGCACUACAGUCCCAUAA